CGUCACCGUAACAUCUGGGCAUCGCAUAAACGUGCGAUGCUGAUUCUUGUAUGACACAUCCUCACGAUUGUCACGGAGGCAGAGAGAGGCGAAGAAGUGUGUCUCUGAAUACUGAAAAAUUUGACCAUGUCUGCAGCUGUGAUAGGCUCCAAACCACCUUUGACCACCUUGUCGUCUACUUGCAGAGCCACAUUUGCCUCCAAUUUCACCUCCGUAAAGUUCCCCGCUACUCCACUCUCCUCCAAUCUUCUCUUUUUCAGGCUCACUCACACUGCUUCUUCCAACCGAACCUCAACCUUCCGUGGCUUCAAGCGCUUUUCCCCUGUCAUGGAGUGGCAGGAUUGCACGGUAAAGAUGCAGAUUGAUGUUCCCAUCUCUGUAGCAUAUGCUUGUUAUUCCGAUCGCGAAGCCAUCCCAAAAUGGAUGCCCUUUAUUUCCUCUGUUCAGAUACUGCCAGACAAACCUGACCUUUCACGGUGGACCUUGAAGUAUAAGGCCUUUGGUCGUGAUAUUGAAUUUUCUUGGCUUGCUCGUAAUAUGCAGCCCACUCCAAAUCAGAAAAUCCACUGGCGAUCUAUGGAAGGUCUUCCAAACAGAGGUGCUGUACGAUUCUAUCCGAAAGGUCCUUCAUCGUGUAUUGUAGAACUUACAGUCUCGUAUGAGGUUCCUCAGCUUUUAGCUCCAGUGGCAUCGGCACUGCAACCUUUCCUUGAAGGUUUACUUCAACGUGGUUUAGAAAGAUUUGCAACAUUCGCCAAAAGCUACACCUAAGAUUUUAUCAUGAUUGUCCUGAAUUUUAUAGCAGGGCUACAUUUCUAUAAGCAUAGCUGAUUAUUUUCAUAUCGAUCUCAUUUUUGUCCAUUGAUUGAAUUACUGAAAAAUGAUCUUAAUGCAUGAAUGAUUACCCAACUUUCAAGCGUAAAUUAUGUUUAA